AAAAAAAUUGUUUUUAAAAUUCUAUUUUAAUUAAAAUAUAAAAUUAUUAAAUUAUAAAAUAAUAUAAUUAUAUAAUAAUAACAAUAAAAUGUACGAUCCAAAUGGACAAUCAACAGCACCACCACCAUACAAUUAUCCAGUAAAUCCAACACCACAAGGAUAUGCAGCCCAAGCACCACCACCAGGUUAUGCUGUUCAAGCACCACCACAAGGCUAUGCUGUUCAAGCACCACCACAAGGUUAUUCCCAACCUCCCGCUCCACCAACACAACCAAAUCAAGUUAAUUAUGCACCACAACCAAAUCAAGCUAACUACCCACCAGUACAACAACAACCAAUGUAUGCUACCCAACCAGUAUAUGCACCAGUUCAACCAGUUGUUGUUACUACUACCACUACAUCUGCACCAGUAGCCGUUGCUAAAGCCGAUGACGCUUCAGUCGAUCAAGGUGCAGUUAAUUCUGCAUUAUUGAUCUUUGUUUGUGGUUUCUUUUGCACUUUAUUAUGGCUUGCUGGUUUCGCAUACGUUCGUCAUAAAAACAAAACCGCACGUGUUUAUGGUAUUUUAUCAUUAUUUUAUUAUCAAUUUGAUUAA